GGAACAGCCCCCAGCCCCUCCCCCCCGGGUUGGGGACCGCCCCAAUCCCCCAGAUCCUGGUGUCUUCCCUCCUUAGCCUCGGGGCUGGGGUCUUGGAAGGGUCUUUCCUCUUCCCCGACGCACUUCCCAACCCUCCACCCACUUCCCAACCCCCAUCCCCAACCGUCCCCCAUUAAGCCCCUAAAUCCCGGACCUAAGCCUGCCCGGAAUAGCCCUGCGGGAGUUGGCCGGCCCAGACGAGAGCGGUGGAGUCAGAGGGAGAGUCCCUUGACCUGAGGUGGGGGUCGGGGUAGUAGGAAUUUCCAUAGAUGUAAAAGGAACGGGUUGGACUGGAUGGCCCUGUAAGGGCCAAGCUACAGGGCGUCCCACAAGAUCCUUCCAGCUGGGAUGCUCUGAGUUCUAGGAUUCAGCUGCUUGGCACUGCCCACCUUACCCAAGACAGCAAUGGCCUACAAGAAUGUGCUGAUCACUGGUUGCUCUUCUGGCAUUGGCCUGGCCCUGGCUGUGCGGCUGGCCAAGGAUGAGCUGAAGAGGUUCAAAGUGAUUGCCACCAUGCGGGACAUGACAAAGAAGGGGCCCCUGGAGGAGAAAGCUGGGGAGACGCUGGAGAAGACGCUUCAGAUCCAGCCAUUGGAUGUCACCUGUAAAGACUCAGUUCGUCAGUGUGUGGCUGCCAUACCGGACCAAAGGGUGGAUAUUCUGGUGAGCAAUGCAGGGGUGGGUCUGAUCGGCCCCCUGGAGUGUCACAGCAUGGCAGCCAUACAGCGGGUAUUAGACAUCAACUUUCUGGGGCUGGUGCGGCUGGUCCAGGAAGUGUUCCCCAGUAUGAAGCGGCGCCGCCAGGGGCACAUUGUGGUCAUGAGCAGCAUCCUGGGCCAGCAGGGACUCCUUUUCAAUGAUGUGUACUGUGCUUCCAAAUUUGCUGUGGAGGGGUUCUGUGAAAGCCUUGCCCUGCAGGCGCUCAAGUUUGGGGUAAACAUCAGCCUCCUGGAACCAGGCCCUGUGGUGACAGAGUUUGAGAAGAAACUGUAUGAAGAGGUAGCCUCCAUGGACUUCUCCAAGGUGGAUGCUGAAACUCAGGACAUCUUCCAGGGCUUCUACAUGACCUACUCAAAAGAUGUCUUCUCUGCCUUGGGCCAGACCCCUGAGGAGGUGGCAGAGCAUGCAGUGCAGGUGAUCGGGGCAUCCAACCCUCCAUUCCGCUGCCAGACCAACAGUGUGUACACACCGCUGACCACUCUGAAGCAUGCAGACCCAUCAGGCCAGCUGCCCCUCAGUGCUUUCCAUCAGCUAGUCUUUCAGCAUGACCGGCUCUUCCGGGCCAGCCUCAGCCUCCUGAAGAUGCUACAAUGGAGGAAGCGGCGUGACCUGGGCCCUCUGCCUCGGCCUCCAGCGCCACCCUGACUCCUCAUCCCUAUCUUUGAGUCCCCCCACCCCCCAGCCCCAUCCACCUUCUUCCAACAGUCCCAGGGACCUGAGGCUGGCAUUGAUUAUGGUGUGUGGGGUAGAAAGAGGUCUUUAGGUCCUAAGGCCUGCCCACCUUUCUCUCCUCUUCUUAGGUUGCUAGAUGCCCUAGGGCCUUGGAAAUUUUGAGUGUGCAGGGUAGAUUGGCUGGUCCUACCCCCAAUUCCAACUGCAGAUGAUGGCACAUUUUCUUAAGUUUCCUUUUAUGUUCCCUUCUCCACCCCUAAGUUCCUCCCAAAGGGCCAGGAGCUUGCCUUCAGGCCUGGCCCAAAUGACCCUAGACAUUUCGAUGUUACCAGCAUGGAGGCAAGGGCUUGCCCACAGCCACACAAGCACAAACCUAGGUGGAUGUAGGCCUCCUGGAGAGAGGCCCUGAGGGAGGUGAAUACCUUCCCCCUUCUAAUAAAUAUGCAUGUCUGAAAUUUACCCAUUAA